UUAACGUCGAGUUCCUCAAUAUGACACAGUGAUGUGAUGCCUCGGAGCGAAUGACAGCUCUUAAUGCUGCUCGGAGUCACUCAUACAAACAGGUUUAUUCAUCAAAAAUGAAGUUCUUCUGUGCUGUGUGCAGCUGGAUGUGUCUGUCAGGAUUUGGAAUUUCAGCUACUGAUUGGGCGGACAUAUAUGUAAAGGGACGUGAAGGAGAGCAGGUCACAGUUACAUGUAUUCAUGACUGGGCUUCAACCAACAGAAAGUAUUUCUGCAGAGGUCAAUGUAAAGACAGAGAUGUUCUAGUAUCAUCUGAUCGGUCAUCUAACGGAAGGUUUAGUCUUAAGGAUUUUGGAAAUGGUAAGUUCACAGUGACCAUCACUGAUCUAAAGAAGACAGACUCUGGGAUUUACUGGUGUGGAGUGGACAGAGUUGGUGCAGACACGUAUGGGAAGGUCAAUCUGAGAGUAUCUAAAGCAGACACACACACGACUCUGAGGACUCCUCGAACCUCCACGAGUACAUCAUUCACUCCAGCACCUGAUGACAUCACAAACUCAGUUUCAUUGAAAGGUCCAGUUUUACCACACACUCCAGAGGACCAAACGUUUUUUGAUAAAGCAGGUCAUCUGAUGUACACUGCUGUGGGUCUGACUGUGAUGCUGGUUAUACUUGGAGUGAUUCUCUAUGUGUAUAAAAAGAAGAAAAGGAAGUCACACAGUUCCAGUGGUAGAACUGCAGCUGAUGAUGAAAGACGCACCACAAUAACCACAGAGACGGCGGGUGAUUAUGAGGACAUCACAGAGACCCAACAGCGGACUGAUCCACACACACCCACCACUGUGUAUUCAGCUGUCAAUCAUCAUUCUGCAGCCAAUCAGAUUCCAGAUUCCUCCCUCUAUUCCAACCUCUCCAUCCAACCGUCCAACACUGACACGGUUAUAUAUGCAACUAUUGACCUGCGUAAAAAACAAGGACCACAAACCUUCAGAACUGAAGAUACAGUAACAUAUGACAUUAUAUUUUGUUCCUGAAGCUGUUUAACAUUGCUAACAUAUUGUCGUAAGUAAUGUAAUUUAUAAAUAAUUAAACAUGUUUAUAUAUUGUGGCCUUGCAAUGACAGUUACAUGGAUUUCCGCAUCACUAAAAAAUGACUCAAUUCUGCAUGUAGAUGAUACAAUAGCAGGAUGUUUGUUUACAUCUACUGAUCUGAUCAAGUGAUGAUAAAGAAAGCAACCCACUGAGCAGAGCUCAGACAAUAAAUGAUACCAGCAUGUUUCUCUUCUCUUCUUGAUCUUAAUCAUCU